AUGGCCGCCUCUCACCGCUGCCUCUUCCUGCUGCUUCUGUCCACGGGCGUGGCUCUGUUGCUGCGACCACCACUGGGUGCCCGGGGAGCCCCGCUGGAGCCAGUAUACCCGGGGGACAAUGCCACGCCGGAGCAGAUGGCCCAGUACGCAGCGGAGCUCCGCAGAUACAUCAACAUGCUGACCAGGCCCAGGUAUGGAAAAAGAGACAAAGAAGGCGCGCUGGACUUCUCGGAGUGUGGCUCCCCCCACGCAGCUCCCCCCAGGUGGGCUUGGUUCCCUGCCCUGUGUGUCCAGAUGCCUGGGGCGGAAACCGGGGUGUGUGUCGGGGGUGGGGGAGAACAGGGGCCUAGGGCUGGCCUGAGGUCUUCCGAGGGCACGAGGACUCCCCACUCAUGCUGCCACGCUCUGCCCUCUCCGCACAGGCAGCUCAGCCCGAGGGACUCGUAA